AGGACGCUGCCGCCCUCAGGAGCCCCCCACCGCCCCGGCCCCGGGAUCUAAGCUGGCCAAGAGCAAGACCACUGGGUGAGACUCCAUGGCUGUCCUCCAGGAAAAGCCCCUGUGCUGGCUGCAGACCUGGAUUGUUCUGGUCAUCUGCCCCGGCCUGCAGACAAGUGCUGAGCAGCCCCAAGGAGCUUAUUUCCUCCCGGAGUUUGCCCUCUCUCCCCAGGGAAGUUUCCUUGAAGACACAACAGGAGAGCAGUUCCUCACCUAUCGCUUCGACGACCAGACUUCAAGAACGGCCCGUUCGGAUGAAGACAAAGACGCCGACUGGGAUGCCUGGGGUUCUUGGAGCGAUUGCUCACGCACCUGUGGAGGAGGAGCAUCUUACUCUCUCAGGAGGUGCUUGAAUGGGAGGAGCUGUGAAGGGCAGAACAUCCGUUACAAAACCUGCAGCAACAAUGACUGCCCCGCGGACGCGGGCGACUUCCGAGCCCAACAGUGUUCGGCGUACAACGACGUCAAGUACCAAGGGCAGUUCUAUGAGUGGCUUCCUGUCCCCGGGGACCGUGCCGGAUCCUGUGCCCUCAAAUGCCGGGCCCGGGGCAAGAAUAUUGUGGUGGAGCUUGCCCCGAAGGUGCUGGAUGGGACCCGCUGCCACACGGACUCCCUGGACAUGUGCAUCAGUGGCAUCUGCCAGGCCGUGGGCUGCGACCGACAACUUGGGAGUGGAGCCAAGGAAGACAACUGUGGAGUCUGUGCAGGGGACGGCUCGACCUGUAGGCUCGUGCGGGGGCAGACCAAAGUGCACGUUCCGACAGACAAAAGGGAAGAGAUGGUGGUGAUUGCUGUGCCACUGGGCAGCCGGAGUGUGAGGAUUUCAGUGAAAGGAUCCGCUCAUCUGGUUAUUGAGUCAAAAACACUUCAAGGAGACAAACGGGAACAUAACUUCAAGGCCCCUGGCAUGUUUGUCAUCGAAAACACAACGGUGGAAUUUCAGAAGGGGCCCGAUAGGGAAACCUGGAAAGCUGCAGGGCCUCUCGGAGCAGAUUUCAUUUUCAAGACCAGGUACACGGCCCCCAGAGACAGCGUUGUCCAAUUCGUCUUCCACCAGCCCAUCAGUCACCAGUGGAGGCAAACGGACUUCUUUCCCUGCACCGUGACAUGCGGCGGGGGAUACCAGCUGAACUCAGCCGAGUGCUUGGACAUCCGUUUGAAGCGGGUCGUGCCUGACCACUACUGCCAGUACCACCCUGAAAACAAGAAGCCCAAACCCAAGCUGAAGGAGUGUGGCAUGGAUCCCUGUCCCUCGAAUGAUGGAUUUAAAGAGAUCAUGCCCUACGACCACUUCCAGCCGCUUCCUCGCUGGGAGCAUAAUCCAUGGACAACGUGCUCAGUGUCCUGCGGAGGGGGCAUCCAGAGGAGAAGCUUUGUCUGUGUGGAGGAGUCUAUGCCUGGGGAGACCUUGCAGGUUGAAGAAUGGAAAUGCAUGUACGCGCCCAAGCCCAAGGUUCUGCAGACCUGCAACCUGUUCGAUUGCCCCAAGUGGGUGGCGAUGGAGUGGUCCCAGUGCACUGUGACCUGCGGGCGAGGUUUGCGCUAUCGAGUGGUCCUGUGUAUCGAUCACCAAGGCCAGCACGUCGGGGGCUGCAACCCGCAGCUCAAGCUGCACAUCAAGGAAGAGUGCGUCGUGGCCGUCCCGUGCUACAAGCCGAAAGAAAAAAGUCCGGUGGAAGCUAAGUCACCCUGGACCAAAGAAGCCCAGGAGCUAGAGGAGACACAAGCCGCCUCAGAUGACCCUGCGUUUCUUCCUGAGCCAUGGUCCCCCUGCAGCGUGUCAUGUGGCCCUGGCAUGCAGAUGCGGGCUGUGAAGUGCCGCGUCCUCCUCGCCUUCAGCCGGACCGACACGGAGCUACCCGACGAUGAGUGUGACGGCCCCAGGCCGCCCAGUGAACAGCCCUGCCUCCUUCAGGCCUGCCCUGGGCCCCCGGCCCCCCCCAGGGCCCUCGUCCCCUCCCAAGAGGCAGACAGCGGAGCCAUUUACGAUUGGGAGUAUGUGGGUUUUACUCCUUGCUCGGCUACGUGUGCGGGAGGAAAGCAAGAAGCCAUCGCCACGUGCCUGCACGUCCAGAGCCAGAGAGCGGUCAAAGCUGCGAUGUGUGAGGAGGCCACCCGGCCACCAGCUAUGUUCCGGACUUGCAACCCUGAGCCCUGCCCCCCGAGGUGGCAAACCGGCCCAUGGCGGCAGUGCUCCGCCACCUGCGCAGUUGGGAUCCAGACCCGGGUGGUCCAGUGCCUGCGGGCGGGAGACUCUCCAGCGCCCGAGGACACGUGCCCAGAGGACAAGCCCCACGUGUUACAGGCGUGUAACCAACUGGACUGCCCCCCGGCCUGGCACGUGGGAGAGUGGCAGCAGUGUUCCCGGACGUGUGGCGGAGGGCACCAGGUCCGUGCUGUCUCCUGUCGGCAGCUGGUGACCGACGGCAGCCUAAGGAAUCUGCCCGACCGCUUGUGCCAAGGAGCCCGGGCAUCCUCGCACAGGGCUUGCGGCCGAGCCCACUGCCCGCCCCAGCUUAAACCGGGAGAGUGGUCCAAGUGCUCAGUCAGCUGUGGUGCCGGGAUCCAGAGGAGGAAGCUGAUCUGCCACAGGCUGACAGCUGGAGGACAGGACGCUGCAGUGAACGGCUCCCUGUGUAACGCCCUCCCCCGUGUGCCCCUGCUGAGGACGUGCCGGAUGGCCUCCUGCCCUGAUGAGAAGCAGGGAUCUAAAGCUGAACCCCCGACCCAUUCUGGCACCCGGCUCCCUCAGAUCCUCGGCCUCCACAGAAUCUACAUUCAGACCAGGAGGGAGAAGCGUGUUCAUUUUACCAUUGGCAGCCGGGCCUAUCUGAGGCCUCAAACCUCCGUGGUCAUCAAGUGCCCCGUACAUGGGUUCCAGAAGUCUCUGAUCCGGUGGGAGAAGGAUGGCCGGGGCCUGAAGAACUCCAAGAGGCUCUGGAUAACCAAGUCCGGGUCCCUGAAAGUGCGCAGCCUCCAGGCGGGUGACAUCGGGGUGUACCGGUGCAUCGCUGGCACCGUGCAUGAGACCUUUGUGCUGAAACUCAUCGGCGCAGACGACAGAUUGAUUGAGCCUCCCGGCUCCGGGAAGCCUACCCCAGGGUCCGGUGGCCUGGUGCAUAAUGAGGCCGAUGGCCUGGAGGCCAAGUGGCAUCAGAUGAGUAAGAUGUGGCACUUGUGGAGCGAAAAGAACCACCUCUAUCUGGGCGACGGGCAAGUGAGCGACCAGCCGUCCCCAAGAACGCUCGCCCCCGGCGGGGGUGACCCUCUCGAGUUGGGCCGCCCACAAGGCCUUGGGGAAGAGCAUGGGGGAGCGGGCGCGCGCCGGGGGGCCCACAGCACGGACCCAGCCCAGUUUGAGGAGCUCGUAAGAAACAUGAGCCGGAUCAUCGAAACCGGGGAGACGAGUGACGACUUAGCGUCCCGAGUCAUCUAUCAGCUGGUGGCUGAACUCUCCGCUCCUAUGAUGGGUGGGGGGCCAACAGAGGCCAGCCCUUUGCCUCCCCCGGGGGUCAAAGCCACUGUCCAAGGCCCCUCCGAUCGGGAAGUGCCGCCCAAGCCGGCCUCCAAGAGAAAGGGAUCGGAUUAUCCAAAGUCAAAUCAACCUCUUGGAAUAUCAUUCGACCCAACGGUCAGCGCCAGGAUCGGUGAUCCCGUGUUCAUUACAGAGAGGACCCAGACUGUCAACUUGCUGUGUGAGGCAGGGGGAAGCAGGGACGUCAGAUAUGCGUGGACCAAGGAUGGGGUGGCUUUACGGCCCUCAGAAAAAUUUAUCUUGGAGGGACGGAAGCACUUGCAGAUUCGGAAUCUCACACGGGAAGAUCAGGGGUUGUAUGCGUGCAUGGCGGUUGGUGAACUUGGGUCAGACCCGCUGACGUCUUCGGUGCUGUACGCAGAGGCGCCCAUCAUCCUGUCAUCCUGGAAGCCUGUCACACGCCUGGAUGGCCGCCCGCUGUCCCUGGUUGUGGGGAGCUCCGCGGAGGCAGCGGUCGGAGCAGACAUUACAUUGCAGUGUCCAGCAACGGGGAUGCCUGAACCCGAGGUGUCGUGGCUGAAGAGGGGAGGGUCCCUGAGCAACAACACGAUCCUGCUCCCUGCUGGGGCACUGCUGCUGCGGAACACUUCCCGGAAGAACGAGGGGACGUACGUGUGCACGGCGGCCAACGCUCUGGGGAAGGCCGUGGCAGCCACCCGUCUUCGCUUGUCCGAUCGGAGAGAACUAGGCCCAAGAAAAGCGGCCCCCAGCAGAGACAGGAAGAGGGUUCUCAUGGCCUCCAGCAUUGGCACCAACAUCACAGUGGCAGCCGGGGAACGUCUCCGCCUAGGUUGUCCCACGCAGCCGCACCAGAGAAACACCAUCCGUUGGUUCUUUAAAAACCUUCCUGUUGAGGAAGCGAGGGGUUUGAAGUACAGAUUGUUGGCUGGGGGCCGGAUCCUGGAGGUGGCUGCGCUCUCCCAGCCGUUUGCUGGACGGUACAGAUGCUGGCCCGCCCGGGCCUCCAAGCCAUUGUCUGCCUGGGUAAAUGUCAGCCAUGAAGAAUCCCAGUGGGAGGCAGGGGAGUGGACCCACUGCUCUGCCUCCUGCGGACGCUGGGGGACUCGUGUCCGAAGACCCCGGUGUGUAUCCGCCAAGGGCCGGGAAGCCAACGAAUCCUCCUGCGACCCCCUCCAGAAGCCGCCGCCCAGCCUUCAGCCCUGCCACCUCCAGGGUUGCCCCACCAGGGAUGCCAAUCCAGUCAGGGGAAUCGGCCCCACGAUGGUUGGCAGUCCUGCCUUGGAUAUCAGUCUCUCCCUGGAUGUCGGCCCUAGCAUGGACGUGGGUCCUACCGUGAAUGUCGACCCCACUGUGGACGUCGGCCCUGGUGGGGAUGUUGGCACCGUGGACGUCGAUCCCUCCAGCUCCAUAUCUGGGAGAAGAUGUGCACCUGGAGCAUGUGCCGGGGCCUGGCAGACAGGACCGUGGAGACCCUGCACAGCCUCCUGCGGCCGGGGCUUUCAGUCACGGAGGGUGGGCUGUGUCCUGGGGAGGAGCAGCCAGCGUGUGGCCGACCAGCUCUGUGCUGAGAAGAAGAAACCGGACGCCCGGAGACCCUGUCGGGGGAUGUCCUGUGGCGAGGGAGAGUGCAAGGACACAACUCACUACUGCACAUUCGUGAAACACCUCAAGCUGUGCCCAAUAGCCCUGUACCGACAGAAGUGCUGCCAGUCAUGCCGGGAAGCCUGAUGGUCUGGGGGGCGGCGCUCCGUGUCGCCGUGGAGAGGGGGGCGGCAGCCGGCCCGGAAGGAUGCUCUUGUAAAUAAGACUCCCGGCUUCCCAGGAAAAUGGUGGCCUAGUCCCAACCGCACGGUGCCUCUGGUGGUGACGCUGUGGGUGUUUCUGGGAAGAGAUUUCCAGCCACAUCUCCAUGGUCCACCUUUUCAUAUACAAAAUACAUUUCUGGCGGGGUGAGGCGGCGCCUGAUCCAUUGAGCUCUCCGGGCCCCGUCCGUCCUGCGUGACCUGGCGGCUUUAGGCCCCAGGGGCUGAUACGGCUCCCCCCGUGAAGGCUGGGGACUGGGAGGCCUGGAGUCCCUUUGGAUGCCUCAGCAUCUUGGCCCACUUCCCUGUACCUCCUGGGUCAGAAGAGCCACGGUCGGGGCUGUCUGCCUUUUCACCGAGAGCCCGGGUCCGACUCGGAGUCAACAGCCGGGCCCGGGGAAAGUUUCCCAGAGCCUGGCUCUUGCCCGGGUGGGCCAUCCCACUGAGGCGGGCCAGUGCUGGGGUGUGUGAGUUCCCUGGGAAGGGUGGAGAGAGGGACUUUGUCUGGACUCAGGCUUCCAGAGAUCUCAGUUGGCUCUGGGAGGGCUGCUCCCCUCCAGCCUCUCCAGCCUCUCUAGCCGGUCCUAAGACUCCAGGUUUCCUUGGGAGAGCUGGGAAUGGAUCGCUGGAGAGCACUGGAGAAAGGGGAUGUGGAACCGGGAUUGGCAGCUGGGGAUGGCCGCCCCGCUGACCCUCUGACCUCCAGUCCAGGGCGGUUCAUCUUCAUCGUGGGGGAGGGCCACAGAGAGAGAGGGAGAUGGGUUCAUCUCCAGCUCAGAGAGGGACUUCAGCUUUCCCCACCAGCUCAGGGUGAGGAGGGAGGGAGGGAGAAGGGGACAUGGAGGGGGGCGACCACUGAGGCUGGAGGGAUUGGACAGGCCCUCUGGGCCCCCUCCCUACUUUCACCAGUCAGCUCUCUGAGGAGGGAAAGAAAUGGAUAAAGGCCCAGUCGCCCAGACUUCCAAGAAGAGAUCAGUUCCUCUCCAGUGGCAGGAGGGAGGAUGGGAAGGCGGGAGGGCAGACAUGAGGCCUCUGAUCUUCAGCCAGCAGGUCAUCAGGCAGUCAGCAUGGUCUUAGACAGCCCAGUUGGUGAGGGAAGCCCAGAUCCCCCUUGCUCUGGUUUGGCAAUUCUGUGAUUUGGACUAGCACUACUGAAUCCCAGGGUUUGGGGAGGAAG